CUGGUUAAAUUUUUUUAUAAAGUUAUUAUUUAGGAGAUGUCAACUCUUGCCACGUCCUUAGUGUUCUUUUUUUUGGGACGAAAAAACUUGUUAUUUGCCUAUGAGUUUGAACUAAAUUAAUGAUAGAUGAUAAACUUAUUAAUAAUGGCAAACUGAGAAUUUUCGUUUAACAAUGGCCAUAUGUUCCCCUUUUAAUCCUCACUAUAGACGAUAUAUAAAUGUCGGUCUUUCAUAGUCAUUUGCCUAUUCUGUUCUCGAACAUAAGCCAAAUAACAUGCAUUACGAUAAAGUUGUAUUCUUUGUCAUCCUUACUACGGUCUUCUCUCGUCCUAGUCCUGUUGUUAGGAAGAUAAAUUUAAAGGGUUUGGCAGCUAGUCAAUCGGGAUCCUUAUUAAAAAUUCACGGUAAAGUUCAUCCUGCCGAAUUGGCGAUUGAUGGCGAUACUACAGAUGCAGGAAUGUAAGAGAUAAAGGAAUUGAUAGAGUAAAUAUCUAAUGUAUACUAUUUGUUAUUUUUCUCUUUAAAAGAAUGAAAUCUUGCUCGAAUCCUACAGAAGAUGGUGAAUAUAAAUAUUGGGGUGUUAAUUUAGAUGGUGAAUACAAUAUUCAUACAAUAACAAUAUAUGGCAGGGAAGGAUGUUGCGGUGAUCAUUACCAAGAUCUAUACGUAAACGUUUACGAAAAUGACGAAGAUCAUGCCGGAAGAGGUGGCAAACUUUGUAAACAUUUUGUCAGUGAUAAACCUCCACCCAGACCAUUUAAUAUUACAUGUGAUAAGCCAGUUGCUGGUUGGUACGUUGAGAUUUAUUCAAAAUAUAGACUAAAAGGCUAUAAAAAUCUUCAACUUUGCGAAGUAUACUUGUACGGAUCAAAGGUAGAUAAAGAAAUGAAGAAGAAAAUUCAAACAAGUACAACCAACUUAACUCAUCCAUGCGAUGAAGACUCUUGCGGUUAUAGAUGUAUAACAUUUAAAAGUCAUAAAGUAGACAGAAUCUACGGUGGAAAGGACGCUGUUCAAAAUAGUUGGCCAUGGAUGGCUGGAAUAUUUUCAAAAUAUACAAAUAAUAUUUUCUGUGGGGCAAGUAUUAUCGGUAAACGUUGGUUAAUUACAGCGGCUCAUUGCGCUCAAGCCGGAGAUGAACAUAAAUUUAUUAUUGUAGUAGGAGCUCAUAACUCUAAAUUAGAACUUGCAACGUCUAAUCUUCAUAUGCGGAAAUUAGCAAUUAAAAGGUUUAUUCCUCACGAAAUCUACUCUAUAAAGUAUACAUACGAUAUGAUGCUUAUUGAAUUGGAGGAAGAUUUACAAUAUACAGAUGAAGUAUUUCCGGUAUGCCUUCCAAAAGAUCAUGAUAUUUUGGGAGAGUCUUGUAUAGCUACUGGCUGGGGACAGAGAAAUACUGGAGAUCCUUAUGAUAUAAACUAUUAUAAUCUUCAGGAAGUUGAAUUGAAAAUUCAUGAUGAUGAUUCCUGUCUAGAACAUUUUAGGGCUUAUUUAACUGCUGAAUUUUGCGCUGGUGCAACAGAUGGAAAAGAUACGUGCUUUGGUGAUAGCGGUGGUCCACUGGUUUGUCCCAAAAAUGGUAUAUUCUAUCUCUACGGAUUAACUAGCUACGGAUCAUCUAAAUGCGGUGGCAAUACGGCUGUUUAUACAAGAGUUACGAAUUUACGAGAAUGGAUAAAGAAGCACACUAAUUUAUGA